AUGGCCGCGAAUCAAUGUCCAGUUCUUUCUCGCAAAGUACCAGGCAGCAACCUCCACUGGUGGCCCAACCGGCUGAAACUGAAUCUUCUUCGCCAGCACACGGCUACGUCAAAUCCACUAGACAAAGACUUCGAUUAUGCGGCGGCUUUCAAGAGUCUGGAUUACAAUGCACUGAAGAAAGAUCUGCUUGAAGUGACAACCACCUCACAGGAUUGGUGGCCAGCAGACUUCGGCAGCUAUUGCGGAUUAUUCGUCCGUAUGGCCUGGCAUAGUGCUGGCACCUACCGUGUCCAUGACGGCCGCGGUGGUGGUGCUCAGGCUCAGCAACGGUUUCCACCAAUCAAUAGCUGGCCAGAUAACGUGCUUCUUGACAAGGCACGUCGCCUGUUGUGGCCAAUCAAGCAGAAAUACGGCGACAAGAUUUCCUGGGCUGAUUUGAUCAUUCUUGCCGGCAACGUGGGUUUCGAAUCCAUGGGCUUCAAGACCUUCGGCUUCGCCGGGGGCCGCGAGGAUACCUGGGAGCCCGACGAGUCAGUGUACUGGGGUAGCGAGACGACGUGGAUGGGCAACGAGUGUCGCUAUGCAACCGGCUCAAACGCUGCCGGGGAGGCAAACAAGGACAUCCGUUCGCGUGAGCUAGAAUCGUCGCUAGCAGCCUCCCAUAUGGGUUUGAUUUACGUGAACCCUGAGGGCCCCGACGGCAGUCCUGAUCCCAUUGCGGCGGCUCGUGAUACCCGUAUUACCUUUGAACGUAUGGGAAUGAAUGAUGAGGAAACAGUGGCACUGAUAGCUGGUGGCCACACUCCCGGCAAGACGCACGGCGCCGCACCGAGCACUCAUGUCGGUCCUGAACCAGAAGGCGCCGAACUUGAGGAGCAGGGCUUAGGGUGGAAGAGCAACUUCCGUUCUGGAAAGGGUCCUGACACUAUUGGCAGUGGUCUAGAGGUCAUCUGGACGCAAACUCCGACCAAGUGGAAUUACGACUUUCUCAAGCACAUUUUCGCCUAUGACUGGGAACUCGUCAAGAGCCCCGCAGGCGCAUGGCAAUGGGUGGCGAAGGAUGCGCCAGAUAUCAUUCCAGAUGCCUUCGACCCGGCUAAGAAGCACCCACCGAGGAUGUUGACGACUGAUAUUAUGUUGAAGUUUGAUCCAGUCUAUGAGAAGAUCUCGCGUCGCUUCUUGGAAAACCCGGAUACUUUUGAUGACGUCUUCCGCCGUGCCUGGUUCAAAUUGACACAUCGCGACAUGGGACCCGCCUCCUGUUAUCUUGGGCCGGAAGCACCGUCUGAAGUGAUGAUCUGGCAGGAUCCCAUCCCUCCAGUCAACCACAUGUUGAUCGACAACAUUGACGUCGCUGCACUCAAAGAGGCUAUUCUAUCAACUGGUGUAGACCGGUGCAAAUUCAUUUCGGCCGCCUGGGCUGCAGCGUCCACCUUCCGUGGUGGCGAUAAACGUGGCGGUGCUAAUGGUGGGCGCAUUCGCCUUGCUCCGCAGCGCCACUGGGAAGCAAACAACCCAGCUCGGCUGGAUGAGGUGCUUUCUGCAUUGGAAGGUGUUCAAAGCCGUUUCCACGCUUCCCAGCAAGGUGGAAAGAAGGUGUCUUUGGCUGACCUAAUUGUGCUAGCUGGUUGCACUGCCAUCGAGCAAGCUGCCAAAGAUGCUGGUAUUGCGAUCAUUGUUCCCUUCCAGCCUGGCCGCAUGGAUGCCUCGCAGGAACAAACCGACGUCGAAUCGAUCGGUCAUCUAGAACCGCUGGUGGAUGGUUUCCGCAACUACGGCCGAUCGACCUUGCAUAUGCGCAGCGAACACGCCCUCGUUGACAAGGCGCAGCUGCUCACAUUGUCCGCUCCUGAAAUGACAGUGCUUAUGGGCGGUCUGCGAGCCCUGAAUGCCAACUACGAUGGCUCUGCUCAUGGUGUGCUUACUAGCCGCCCAGGCCAGCUGACGAACGACUUCUUCGCGAACCUGCUGGACAUCAACACAACUUGGACGGCAAUUGACGGCUCUGACAAGGAAUUGUUUCAAGGCACGGACCGCAAGACCGGGGCGAAGAAAUGGACUGCAACCCGUGUUGACCUGGUGUUUGGCUCGAAUUCUGAAUUGCGUGCUAUCGCCGAGGUAUACGGUAGUACAGAUGGCACGCGGAAGUUUGCGAAGGAUUUUGUGACGGCCUGGGAUAAGGUGAUGAGCCUGGACCGCUUCGAUUUGAAAUGA